UUUUCAAUUCUUCCGGCCAUAUUCCGCACCACGGGAUUUCCAGUCUCUCCAAUUUCAUUGGUUUAAUUUCAAUAUCUUAUCGCUGUUGAUAGUUCUCGUUUGAUAAGUCCGCCUAGAACCCUAACUUUAGUGUACAAUUUCAUUGAGGGUCUUCUCAUGAAUUGAAAAACGGCGAACGUGUCGUGUUAUAUUGCCUUAUCUUAUCGGGGCUCAUCGAACCUUAGCUAGAAUAUGUGAACUGGUACCGCAAUCCUCCGUUUGGAAUACAUACUCCCGACGGAAGCAGAAAUAAGUUUAUAAACAAAUCCGAUUCGAGGGGGGAAGCGAAGGGAAAAGCUUACAAUUUGCUUAUAUUUAAGUGUUCAAUGACCCCAUCAAAAGUCCACAAAGAAGACACCAAAAACCAACACCGAAUCCAAACCAACUCAAUUUAUGUAUCUGUAUCUCUGCGUAUGUAUCUCCACGUGUAAAACAGCUAUGCAUGUGUAAAUAGGGUGUAUUUUUGGAAGUGAACCUAAGUGAAUUGAAUUAUAAUUUAAAUAAAAAGACUUCUUGUUAGUUUUUUAGUUUCGUUUAAGCGUUCCAUGUUCAAUCUGGUAUCUGUUAAGUAUAAAUUUGUAUCUAGCUUCCAUACUGACCGCCAAGCAACUUUACUGAUCUAUCCAAACACGGUGAUCACUUCCAUCAAAGACCAGUUUCAAGUCGCUUUAUUUCAGAGCUAUCCCAACAAAAUAACGGCACUUCAACUUUUCCGAGCCACAGCUGACCCCCUUCCCUCGGUUUUCCCACUCUAGCUGCCCGCCGUUUUGGGAAGCAACUCAUAAGAGAUAAUUGUAUCUUUCCCCCUCAAAAAAUAUUGUGUCGUUCAUACCUUCAGAAACUUUUUGGUCGGACAGCCCAGAAGAGCACGAGCGCUCGAAUCGGGGGAUCGGUGAUCAUUCUCUGCCCUCCAACAACACCACGCUCACUCAGAAAUAGUUUUUGUGUCGAAUGUUAAUGAACUUUUGCGCUAGUUUAACGCACAGCCAGCCGAAUAAACAUUCAGACACAAUAACAACGAAAGCCGAUAAAGUUUUUUGAACCUGCCUUCACCGAAACUUUUGUAUUUCAACAUUUGCUUCUCGUGCUCAUUCUGUUUUUUGGGAGGGUUUCUUAUAAAUGUUCGCUUGUUGAAGGUGGAAACUGGUCGUUGGCUUUCUAUAGAUGGACUGUUCGAUAGAUCCCUGAGAUAUUGUAGCCUCUAAACGUAUAGUUGUCGCAAUUGUUAGUUAAUUGGUAUGCUAAGUGUGGCAAGCAAGUUGGACUUUGGUACUUGAAAAAUAAUAACAAUAAGACUGCGAUAAGAACUAUCAGAACUUAUUGCCUAAUUCGUUGCAUUUAUGGCUCAAAUUCUAGAAUCUUAUCUAUGAAAACUCAACUAAUUACAUCACUUCAAAGUUCAAAGUUUAUUCAAUGCUUGUAUACAUAUUUUCAAUUAGUCUGAAAUAAUAAAUGCAGCAGAUAACUUAGAUACCAAUGAAAUUUCCCUGAGCUCGGGGAAAUUUUGGUGCACCGUAAAAUACAAUGUAAUCGGAAAAGUCGGAAUUCACUCAAACUCGGAAAAAAAACACUCGAAAAUUUCCCUUGACAUCGCACUCAAACAUUUUCCAAUUGAGGGAAAUUUCGGAUCUAAUGGGACCAUUCUUGUUGGUGGUGGUUGGUUUUUCCGUGACAGGGUUUGAGGCUGAUUUUUCGGGAACUCACCCACCAGUCUCCGUUACACCAUCGAACCGAAAACCUCGGGAGCGGCGAUGUGAACAUAAUCUGAAUCCCAUUCUACUCCGUUAAGUGUUGUUUGUACGGGUGUUGUGCGUGUGCUUGUGUGUGUGUGUGGUCCACACCUCGAAAAUGACCGACUUUUCAAUGAACGACAUUUUGAGAUCAUUCAGGAAAAUGCGUAUGAACAAGGGCUCGGGCCAGGGCGGUCAGCACCACCAAUACCGCAAUCAUCAGCACCAACAGCAGCCUCCGCAGAAUAUGCAGCACUACCAACACACCUAUCCCGUGCAACAGUCGAAGGACUUGAAGAAAAUCAUCAAAAUCAUCAAGAAGAACCUGAUCAAGGAGAAAAUCACGCGUCAAAUGAAAAUCCUUGUCUGAAAAUGUCAUGAAACGAGCGAAAUAAAUGAAUAAAUCUUAAGACUGCUGAUAUACAAAUCGAGGGACUGAUAUUGAAAAACUGACACGAGUUCAGCGCUAAAGUCUGAUUUUGCAAACCCAAAUCAAUGAAUAAAUUUUUCGAGUAUUCACAUUAAAUAAGAAAAGAUCUCUACAAACUUAUAAACUAUAUUAUAAACUAGACUUGCUUACAAUUGAAUGAUUGAACCUAUACAAUCAAGAAGUAUUAUUAGUAGGAAGCCUAUGUGAAGCAGUAGCAAGAUGACUGAAAGCAAGAAUGAUACGAAAUCUUGGGCUCCCAAACAAAUUUGGAUUAAGGAUGUUCUCAAGAAAUCGGGCACGGAGCUGCUCGAUAUAUCCAAGAGUCCGGCAAAGGCUGUUGCCGUCAAAAAAUCGCCGGC